CUUACGUAACUCAGCCUGUUCUUAUUUUUCUGUGGCUAUUCAGACAGCUGUAAGGGGUGUGACAUACAGGACAAAGGCUGCCUGUUUAACAUACACUACGUUUCUACCAACCUUCCAUUUUCCUUUUCUGUCCGUCAUGGCGUUAACUGCAAUUUACGAUAUUCUUGAUUUGAAAGGACUUUUGCUCCUUGUGGUUGUUUUUCUUGUGGUGGCAGACUAUUUAAAGCACAGAAACCCACCUAACUAUCCACCCAGUCCAUUCUCUCUUCCACUGCUGGGAAAUAUCUUUAACAUUGACUCCAAAAGCCCACACAUAUACCUGACAAAGCUUGGCCAUGCUUACAAUAAUAUCUUUAGUCUGCGAUUUGGAAGAGACAGAGUGGUGUGUAUCACUGGUUAUAAAAUGAUAAAGGAAGCCCUGGUGACUCAAGCUCAAAACUUUGUGGAUCGACCCUACAGUCCAUUGCAGGAUAGAGUGUGCUCUGGCAACGCUGGAAUCUUCUUCAGUAAUGGUGAGAUGUGGAAGAAGCAACGACGUUUUACUCUGUCAACCCUGAGAAACUUUGGACUGGGAAAGAAAACCAUGGAGGUGGCCAUCUGUGAAGAGUGCAGCUUCCUACUGGAUGAGAUGGACAGACAAAAGGGAGCUGCUUUAAACCCAACUAUUUUGUUAAAUAAUGCUGUUUCCAAUAUCAUCUGUCAAAUGGUGUUCGGCCAGAGAUUUGAUUAUACCGACCACCGAUUCAAGAUUAUGCUGAAAUAUAUUGCUAAAAGUAUUCAACUAGAAGGAUCCAUAUGGGCACAGCUCUACGAAGCAUUUCCAGCUAUUAUGAAGCAUCUUCCAGGUCCGCACAAUGAAAUAUUCAGUAACUACAAAUUACUGUGUGAUUUCAUAAGAGAGGCUGUUGACAAACAUAAAGCUGACCUGAACCCAUCAGAGCCACGUGACUACAUCGACAGCUUCCUUAUCGAGGCGAUGGGGAAACCACACGAUUCAACAGAUGGUUUUGAUGAACAGAAUCUGGUUAUGUGUGUUCUGGAUCUGUUUUUGGCUGGGACUGAAACUACAUCCACCACAUUAUGCUGGGGUCUCAUUUAUCUCAUCACCAACCCAGAUGUACAGGAGAAGGUCCAUGAAGAGAUAGACAGAGUGAUUGGACACACACGGUUACCAAGUGUAGCUGACAGAGCCAACAUGCCUUACACUGAUGCUGUUAUCCAUGAGAUCCAAAGAUUAGGAGACAUUGUACCACUGAAUGGCUUGCGGAAGGCAGAUAAAGACACAAACCUCGGAAAUUGUUUAAUUCCAAAGGGAACAGCAUUGUUACCCAUACUGCACUCUGUUCUCUUUGAUGAGAGUGAAUGGGAGACACCCUACAAGUUCAACCCUGGACACUUUUUAGAUAAAGAGGGCAAGUUUGUGAGACGAGAGGCAUUCAUGCCUUUUUCUGCAGGAAAGAGGGUCUGUCUUGGGGAGCAGCUUGCUAGAAUGGAACUUUUCCUGUUUUUAGUGAGUCUGAUUCGAAAAUUUCGAUUUACUACAGUGGAGGGUGAGAAACUCAAUUUCGAUGGAGUUGUAGGACUUACACGCACCCCUCACCCAUUUAAGAUCCAUGCAACAGUGCGUUGAACAUGUCAUAUUCACUAAAACACAUACACAUACAUUGUUUUCUCCACUUAUUAUGGAUAUCAUACAGCAUUAACAUUCAGUUUAAUUUUCAUUUAUUCAGUUUUUUUUAAGAGAAUUAUUCACAUAAUAAAACAAACAAUAAAUAAAACCACUAAAGGUAAAUGUAAAAGCAAACUACUGUAUAAAUAGCUUCAGAGGUUGUUUGCCUGUCAUAUGUUUUCUGUGAUAAACCAUGAAAAAAUGUACUGAAGUAAAACCUAACAGCAAAUGCAUAUUUUAAAUUAAUGCAUGUUGUAUGUUCUGUUUUAUAAGUUUAAGAAUGCAAAUGUUAAACAUAUCGUUUUGAAACUGCUUAAGACAGUGGUCUACAACAUGGUGCCCGCGGGCUCACAAAAAAGUUGGAGACCCCUGACUUAAGAUAUACUGCAUACCUCUUGUAUUACUGCAUUAAACAAUUAUAAACCACCAACAAUUUAGCUAUAUUAGAAAUGAUUGUUUGGUUUUGAUGAUUGAUUUGAAUGUAGGCAAAAGUUUAGAUGUAUUUGUUUUAUUUUUUGAAUUGCUGCCACAGUAAAACAGGUGCAUUUUUAAGUCAUUAAAAAACAUGAGAGCUUUAACACCUUAGCAUUCCUAUAAACACCUAAAAAGGACACAAAUUGUACCUGCUGUGUUAAUGUUACCUUAAAAGAGUUUACAUCAUUCGAAUCACAAGAAUGUUUAGCUUGUGUUUUUGGGUUGUCGUCAUGGAUUUUUAUGUCAAAUAAUGCAGUUAUCCUCCCAAAAAAUAUGCUUAUAUUACAACAUGUUCUGCUGUUGAGUUAAUCUUUUUUUCAAGUUAGGGUGCCUGCAUUUCAGUUUUUUUCUUUAAAAACUAGUACUUUGAAGUGAUCAUCAUAAUCGGUACAAUAAAGUUUAUUAACUCUUUAUCCGCCAUUGACGAGAUAUCUCGUCAUUUAAGAGAAAUCAUUUGCAUAAAAAAGUGUUUCUGAUGAGUUUUUAUGGUUAUUUGUAACACCGCACUUAACCAAUUUACAAAAAACAAAAGCAAA